AUGUCCCAAGAUGACAACAGUGUUGCCGCGCUGUCCAUUUGGCUGCGCUUUCAUGCCGCCGAUUCGCUUCGUGCAGCACCGUCCGGCCGUCCAUGCUGUCUCGCCGCCCCUUACCCUGCCGCUGCCGCACCGCGUCGGGAUUCGAAUCCUGCCCAGAGCCAUGUCGAGAAAGGGGGGACGGCGCGCACAAAUCCAAGCUCUCCCCCCCCCCCCCCCCGCGGCUUGGGUCUGGCGGGAUCGCCUCGAGAUGCGCUGCGUGUUUGUGCGCAUCUCGCGGCGUGCGCACCUCUUGCCGCUGGGCCGCCGGCUUGCACUCCCCUCGCGCCUCGUUCGCUCCGGUGGCCAGAUGUCCUUGCGCGCGCUUCCCCCCUCGGUGCCACUCGCUCUCGCUUUCCUCAAAAGCUUGGUCGAGUCGACGCCGUGCAUCUUGUCCUAUCCCCUUCAUCCUUGUCUCUACCCAAAAAGUCCUCCCUGUUUUUCUUCGUCAGGAUGCUCUUCACCAAGGCCGUUUCGUCGCUCGUGGGUGCUGGUGCGCUUGCUGCUGCUGCUGUGCAUGCCCAGAGCGUGCCUGCCUUCACUUACGGCACUGCCAGCGCCGACUAUCCCGGUGUCAAGUCGACGAACCGCAAUGGUCCCACCAACCCUGCGUCGCCGCAGCUCAACACGCCCAUCAACCAGACCUCGGUGUCGCGUCUGGCUUCGAUCAACUCCAUCGACGACUGGUGCACCUUUGCCCCGCCCGGAACGGGUCAGCCUCUGGCGGAUGUCGAGGAGAUCACCGUGGCGUACUGCACCAAGCCGCGCAACAACGCACGUGUCAUUCCGGACGGCACCGUGACCGGAGCGCACUUUGUCAAGACGCCGCUGUACGUUCAGCUCAUGGCUGUCGGCGACUUUACUAGCAUCGGCUUUAUGGCCGGCGACGAGGGCGGAGAGCUCGACCCGCACGGUGCUACCAACAUGGGCAACCCCGUCGGUGGUAAUGUCACCUCCAACGUCUCGGGUGAAGAUGUCUUCUACGAGGAGUGGAUGAACUACGCCUCGUCCAACCAGGUCUGCUUCCGCGUCUGCAUCGCCGGGUCGGAACAGGCUCCCACCGCUCUCGAGUGCCAGCAUACCCUCGACGUCAUGGGCUGCAACUUUGUCAUGCCCGGCAACUACGCCGACGACGUCUUUGAGACGUGCGAUGGCGACUCGGCCUACCCUCCCGGUCUCUACCCCGAGGCGAACGGUCAGACCUCGACGUUUGUGCAGUUCUUCACCGGAACCUACGUCGCUGGCGGUGUCACUUACUCGUACACCAACGGUAGCCCCGAUGAGGUCACCCCCACUGCCGCUUACUCCACCCCGUCCACGUCCAACUGCCAGACCACCGCCACCAUCUCCAACGGCAUCAAGUCGCUCGUCACCUCCAAGGCCUCGUCCGCUUCGUCGUCCGCUGCCACUGCCAAGUCCACCAGCGGCUCGUCCGGCUCUUCGGGUUCCAACGGCUCCUCUUCCGGCUCGUCCGGCUCCUCGGCAUCGUCGGGCUCCUCGGGCUCCUCGUCGGGUUCGUCCGGCUCGGGCCCUGGGUCGUCGGCAGCUGCCAGCGGCGCCUCGCAGCUCGCCAACAGCGCCUCGGCCGUCGUGCUUGCCGCUGCUGUGCUGGCAGGUGCCAUGAUGCUCUAA